GAGAGAGAGGCGAUGGCGCCUGGAUCAGCGACUCCUUCUCCAUCACGACCCACUGGAUUUGUAGUGGCCGAGUCGCAAGCUCAGACGCCGGCGGUGAUGCCAAUUCCUGUCAUCCCUGUGGCCGUUCCAGGAAGUUCGUCGCCAUCGCUGCUGCUGAUGCAGAGGCAGCAGCUGCCAAUGCCGGCGGCGCUUCCGACAACCGCGGACAGUCGAGUCAUGACCGAGGAUCAGCUCGCGCAGUUCGCCGAACAGAUCAGGCAGUUCUCAGAGAUCUCUCGCUUCAGCAUCCAACGCCAGAAAGCGAGCAUGGACGCUGAGAGGCAGCGUCGAACUCACAAAUCUGGAUUCCGAGGCUCGUCCAGCAACACCGAACGGCCACCCGGAGCCACUCGGCCUCGCUGGAAACCAACGCCUGUCCAGAUAUCAAUCCUUGAGUAUAUAUUUGAGAACAGCGACUUACUUCCAGGAGACAAGGACAUCACCAUCAUCACCGACGGCCUCCGGCUCUAUGGGCCAGUCGAGGAGGUGAACGUCUUCUACUGGUUCCAAAACAGGCGAGCUCGGGCCAAGCGGACUGCAAAUCAGGACCACCACCCAAAGGUCAGGAACUUUGAUCCUGCAAAAACUUUAGAACCAUUUGAAAAGCUGUAAAAGGAUCUCACCAUGAAGCUCGUUUCAUUGUCGCGAA